CUUCAUUUAUAAACUUGAAACACCAACGAAAUGGAAGCAUCUCAAGGAGGGAAGAACACAGGGAAUAAUGGGAAGGGAAAUGGGGAGGUUCGAUACAAGGGAAUUCGCCGGAGGCCAUGGGGAAAGUUCGCGGCGAAGAUACGUGAUCCAACCAGGAAUGGAGCAAGGCUGUGGCGUAACACUUUCGAGACGACUGAAGAGGCUGCAAGGGCAUAUGACAGGGCAACUUUUACUUUCCGGGGUCAAUCAGCUAUUCUCAACUUCCCAAACGAGUUCCAGUAUCAGAGUCUAACCUUUCCACCUUUUUUAGCUUCUUCAUCUACUUACUCGAUUGGCAGAGGGAAUCCCCCUAGAGGACUAGGAAGUGAGGUUAUAGAAUUUGAGUACCUGGAUAACAAAUUUUUAGAGGAUCUUCUUGAAACGCAAGAUGAUAGGCAACGCCGAUAG